AUGCAAUUCACCUUUUUAGUCAACAAACUACAAAGUCCUUACUUAGACCUCAUCCUGCCACGUAUAUUCAGGGCAGAGAAGCCGAUAGCUCCCACUGCCACUUCCUAUCGAGUGCGAAAUGAGGAGGCCGUAAUGGUAUAUGAGUGCAAUCUGUCGGCUAAUCGUGCCACUCACCGUGGUCAGCUGGUGGUGACGUUGAAUUACUUGUUUUUUGUCCAUCCGUCCGGUAGUGUGCUGUGCAAGUGGAAUGCUGUGGAUCGAGUGCAUAGUCACGACGUUGGCCGAGGAUCAAAUAUGGAGGUGGAGGUGGAGGUGGAAAUAUUCGAUGGCAGUCGUUGGCUCUUGUAUGGCUUCUAUGAUUCGGCGGCGGCCUUUACUUUCCUUAAGGCGUUCCACUCGGUCCAGAAGCGAACCUGGGGCGACGCCAAGCCGUUCCGGAUACCGACGAUUUUGUUUGGCUGCUGUUUAAGUAAAUGUCUGGACUCCUGUCUCGACCAGUUCGAAUUUGUUAAAGAGAUCCCGGUCCCAUGGAAAGAUGAAGCACCACCAGAAAUACCCAGAGCCCAGGUUCAACUCCUGCCGCCAGAACCCUAUACCGGCGACCAAUGGGUCGAUAAGGUCGCCAGCCACUCACCCAACACUCGCAAAAUAUUCGCCAACUACUUCGACCCCCCAGACGGCGGUUCGAAUCUCGAAAAUACCCCUAACAUCCCAGCUCCAACUCCAACAGACACGAACUUCCAAACUAUAACUCAUCAUGAAAAGCUGAAAGCUCACCUUAAUGCCCCAAUGGAUGCGGACACACCCACCACAGUGGCAUCCCAGCUCCACGUCAACUUUGGCUCAGACACCACCUCAGAGACGGCUGGCUCGGUGAACUCAGAUGACCGAUGA